AUGGCUAAUCACAUUUUGGUUAUUGCAAGUUUACUAGCCAUUGCUUGUGCCAUGGUCACUGCAUUUGAGCCUAGCCCAUUGCAAGAUUUCUGCGUUGCCGAUCCUACUAGCUCAGCAAGAGUUAAUGGUCUGGCUUGCUUGGACUCGAAGAUGGUACAAGCCAACCACUUUUCCUUCAGUGGUCUCCAUAUUCCAGGAAACACAUCAAAUCCCCUUGGCUCUGCAGUUAAACCAGUCUUUGUAGGCCAAUUACCAGGACUAAACACCCUUGGAAUCUCGAUGGCCCGCAUUGACUAUGCACCCUGGGUCUUGGAAGGCAAACUAUUUGUUGGCUUUGUGACUUCUAACCCUGAAAACAGGCUCAUUACUAAGUUCCUUGAAAAGGGUGAUGUGUUUGUGUUUCCUAUUGGACUUGUUCACUUCCAGAGAAAUGUUGGCCAUGGAAGUGCUUUCUCAAUCUCUUCCUUAAGCAGUCAAAACCCUGGUGUUGUUCUCGUUGCUAAUGCUCUAUUUGGAUCUACUCCAAGCAUUCCAAAUGAUAUUCUAGCCAAGGCUUUCCAGGUGGACGAGUCCGUAGAAGCUCCAGCUCGAGCUUGGGUGGACGAAGCGGAAGUGAGAAUGCCGGCAAAAACAUCUGCUGAUUGA